AUGGCUAUCGUUAUAAAUAAAAGAAACGUAAGAGUUUUAGUCAUAACCAAUUUAUUACUGAUUUUAGUGUUUUUGGUCGUAAGAAAUUCAAACGCUAACGUCAACGAGAGUACUAUUACUCCUCAUGGUACCUCAUUAGCAACAUAUAACGAUGCAGGAAACGCUCCCGGUACUCAUAAAUCUGUUCAUGAUUCAGACGCAAAUAAACAAGUCAAGGAACCUGAUGAAACUAACGAAAAUAGUGAAGAAGCUCAAUUCGAUGCCGCUGCAGAGUAUGAUAAAAUCUUAAAAAAGUCACCUAUGAUUGUAUUUAGCAAAAGUUUCUGCCCAUUUAGUAAAAAAUUGAAGACUUUAUUAGCUGAAUCGUACACAUUUUCUCCAUCAUAUUACGUCGUAGAAUUGGAUAAGCGUGAACACACAAGCGAACUACAAGAACAUAUUGAAAAGAGUACUGGUAGAAGAACAGUUCCUAACGUUGUCAUCGAUGGUAUCUCUAGAGGUGGUUGCGAUGAGAUAACAGCACUACAUGAAAACGAUAAGCUACUAAACUCUUUCAAAGAGUGGAGUAGUGGGAAAUUCACUGUAGAAGCAAUAUCGCCAUCUCAAAGCGAUUAA